CGCGCGCUCACACCCACGUGCCUGUUGAUGAGAAGCAGAUGCUGCUGAGGUUCAGCGAACCUCCAGCCGGAGUCCGGGUCAGAACCGCGUCUGGAACGGUCUGUCCGGGACGCCUUAGGCUCGAGUGCGGUUCCGGUUCGGACAAACGGACGUUUCCAUAAAGUCUUUGACUUCCACGUAUCUGCGCGCGCGCGCACUCCCGAAAUAACCUGAGCGGACACGCGAAGGAGGAACAAGGAGGAGGUCCCGACCUCCCAGAGAGCCUCCGACCUCAGCUGCUCUUCAGAACCAGACAUGCGCGCGUGAGUCUGGACGGUGGGUUCUGGACCGAGCAGAGACGGCGUCCUGGUUCUGGACUGGAAAACUUUUCAGGGGGUGCGCACGAGCUCGCUCCUCGUCCUCGGAAUGCUCCUUCGCCGACGCGCGCUCACCGGAACCGUGCUGUUGCUUGUGUUUCUGUGUCUCUGCUAUCUGAGCCGGAACCGGUCCAAAUCGCAGUCCGGUUCGCAGGGCCCGUCCGCUGAACGUCUGCUGGAGACUAGGAGGCUGAUCUCCGCUCUGGACUAUGCGCACGAGGACGCACAGAGGCCUCCUCCUUAUGGCCAGGCUGUGGUUCUGAUGGGUCAGCUGCCUGUCUCGGACCCUGAGGUUCAGCGGUACCAGCAGGUUCUGCAGCAGAUGGACUUCCAGGUUCACAUGUCCAGAUAUGCAGAGACCAGGAGCUUUCUGAGGAGGCAGCAGGUGAGUGGGUGGGGCCUCCUGCUGUGUCUCAGCGGCGCAGAGCAGAGCUGUCUGAGGAGGAUCAACUUCUCUCACCUGCAGCAGCAUCACAUGGUGAACCUGCUUCCAGUGUUGGUGAAGGCCUUCUCAGAUGCAGGUGGAGGUUUCUGUCACUUCCUCAGCCGCUCUCAGCUGACAGAAUCCAAAUUACCCAUGAGGCCUGGCUCCUGUGGCUCCACCUCCUGGAAGGUGCUCCUUUCUCAGCAAAGGAGCUCUCCUGUGGAUGUCCUGUCUCCCACUUUGGUCGCCAUGGUGAACGUGUACGUCCUGGUCACGUCCGUCAGCCCGCUGACCGCCUUCCUGCACGAUGUGGGCGUGGCCAUGCAGAGCGGUCAGCAGCGGAGGGGCCGGCCGGUCAAGAUCAGAGAGUUCCUGCUCCAGCAGCUGGGGGCGCCAGACUCCCAUCAGGCUUUGAGGCAGGUGAAGGAGGUGCUGGGGGAGGUGCUUCAAGCAGCAUCGAGCAGUGAGACACAGGAAGCAACAUCGAGGUGUUUGCUGUGUUUCCAACUUCUCACCUUCACCAUCCUCUUCAGUGGCUCCAUCUCACCUGUCAUUGUCCAGGUGGACGCUGGGCUGACCUUCUCUCCUCUGAGCAACUCCUCCUUUGACAGACAGAUCACCAGAGACCAGAUCCUGGAGGAUGUACUGCGCUUCCUGCUGGCCCCGCCCACACACCUAUCAUCAGCUGCUAAGUUUGGCAGCUGCAGAGGGACACGCCCCUUCUGUCUGUCUCAGGACCAUUUCCUGUUCCUGCAGCGCUUCCUCCAGCAGCUGCAGACGCCGUCCGCCUUCCACCUGCUGUAUCCCAGGAUCUCCUCCUCCUCCUCCUCCUCCUCCUUCUCGGCUCCUCCCAGCCUCCCAGACCUUCAGCAGCAGAUUGCUCGUGUCUUUUUGCUGCAGAAAAGCAGAGAUGAGGAUCUGAACAAAUCCACCAAUCAGCAGCCAGGAUCUUCAAAACAAGGAAAUGUAUGCGUAGACCCCCACCUCAGACAGAUUUACACUGAGCCCCCCCUGGCUCUGACUCCGCCUUUCAGCCCCAGAAUAAAGGAGUACUCUGCAGAGGUGACCUUUGACCUGGUAUCGGUCCGGAUCCGGCCGGAGCCCGUCAGCUCAGCCUGUAAGGUUCACCUGGAUGAGCGGCAGGGACCCAGAAUGGCCAACUAUCCUGUGGGUCUGGGAACCAGCAGGAUCCGCAUCCUUGUGAUGGGGGGGCCGCAGCAGCAGCCCGUUGUCAUGGCGAUCUACACCCUCCAUGUGCUCCGGGAGGGCCGGCCCAUCCUACCCAUGCUGGGAGGUCAUGUGACCUGCUCCUUCCUGCAGGACUGUGGUCUGGUGGUCCAGCCAAGUCUCCCCUGUGGUCUUCAACCUCACACCAUGUCUCCAAGUCCAGCCAAAACCUGCAGAUCCGGACAUGCCCCAGGUCGGUGGGUGGUUCCGUGUCUCAGCUGUUCAGACAACAGGACGUGUGACUGGAGGGAAGUUGCCUGGCAGCCAGAUGGCUGUUACCAUCCGGUGGUGCGGCGCCCCCUGCUGCAGGACUGUAUGACAGACAGGAAGGUGCUCUUCAUUGGGGACUCCACCAACCGCGGUAUGAUGUACUUCCUGAUGGAGCGACUCAACUCCAGUCUGGAGGACUGGGGCAAAGCUCACAACACGUUGAUCUACCGUAAUCUGAAUAAGGGGCGGUCCCAGGUCAGCUACUCGUACUACCCUCAGUUCUGGAUGGAGAGGAGCCAGAGGCCGGCUUUCAAGGAGGUGCUGCUGCAGCUGUUGGACAGGUCUGGACCUCUGCUGAACUCCAACCUGACGGUUCUGGUGGUGGGCGGAGUUCAGUGGCUGAAGACCAAACACCUGAGAACAAUCCAGGAGGUGCUGGACAGGUACAGACAGCAAAAGUCUCUCAGGAACAUCUCGGUUGUGGUCAAAUCUCUGGGGAUGGGUUUCCACCUUCCUGUGGAUGGAAUCAGAUCCCUGACUUUGACUGAGAUCCAAGCUCUGUUCAGACAGAACCUGGAAAUCCUCUCCAUGGCCGAGCAGCUGGAGUACGAGGUGAUCGACACUCUCAGCAUCACCAUGGGUCGACACAAAGAGUUCCUGCAGGGGCGCUGCGCCUGCCACUUCCACGAGGUGGAAAAACUCCAAAGAAACCAAUCUGAAAAAACCAAAGAACCGAGGUCAGGUCCAGGUGAAUCCGGACUAACCAGGUUAUCACCUAUACCAGACCAGUUGAAGCGGUCUUCCCCUCCAUCCUACCAUGUCAGGGGGCCGGUUAAUCAGGUCUACUCUGAGAUCCUGCUGAGCCGCCUGUGUCCUGGAUCAAAGACUGAGACUCACCUGUGUGCUGCUGAAUGAGGACUGGAGGCACCCACAGGAUUGUCUCGGACUUUGAAAAACCAGAAUGUUGGAAAUUAUAUUUGUUGAAACAUGUCUGUGUAUUGCGCUUGUUUAAGCAAAUGUCGCAAACAUUGUGAAGACACGUGUAAACUGAAAACAGUUUUGAGAAGUUCAGUCAACGAAGAAGACCUUCAUUGAGUUCAGGUGAGUUCAGGCAGCCAGUUUGGAGGAGACCAACUGGACCACCCUCGAAGCCUCCCCAGGUUUGGGUUCUGUCAACACUCAGAUGUUCUGGGUGAUGAUUUCACAGCAUGUGCCGACUAACCGGGUUCAGACUCUCUGACCCUCUAUGGUUCUUUAUGCUUUUCAGGUCAGCUAUAAGGACCGUGGCUCGCUGCAUUCACACCAAACACAGUUUGGUCAAAGGUUGCGUUUGCCAUCUGUGUGUUGAUGUUUAUCAAAGUCGCUGCUGGACUCUGGUCCAAAAGAGCAUUCAUAAAUAUAACGCUCCUGCUGCAGGUGGGAGGAGCUACCUUCAAAAAACCUUCUAAACCUCACGGCUAUAUGCUGAAAGACAUGGUUGAAGUUAAGAGAUCAAUUUAAGUGUCUUUGAAAAAGCUCUUCAACGGCAUUGGUGAACCGUCCCGCACCGGGAGUGACCGUUCCAGUUAGAAGACCCCCCCCGGUUAGAUGACCGUCCCGGUUAGAUGACCUUGUCGGUUAGAUGACCUUGUCGGUUAGAUGACCUUGUCGGUUAGAUGACCUUGCCGGUUAGAAGACCGUCCUGUUUAGAAGAUCUUGCCGGUUAGAUGACCGUCCCGGUUAGAUGACCGUCCCGGUUAGAUGACCUUGCUGGUUAGAUGACCUUGUCGGUUAGAUGACCUUGCUGGUUAGAUGACCUUGUCGGUUAGAUGACCGUCCCGGUUAGAUGACCUUGUCGGUUAGAUGACCUUGCCGGUUAGAAGACUGUCCUGGUUAGAUGACCAUUCCGGUUAUGUGACCUUUUCCGGCUCUGUGGCGGUAGAAAGCCACAGCCACAUCUGUCCGCAGUGAGACGGGUUUUAAAGCAGAGGAGACAUGGUGAAAGCUGUAAGCUCUGGCAUGUCCUGCUGGUAUUACUUUUUUAUGCUUAGAUUUUUGUCUUUUUUCAAGAUGCAAUAUCCCAGAAUGCACUUUGUUUUUAUAUGUGUUUAUUUUAUAUAUGUCGGAUUAACAUAAAUUCAAAGAUAUCAAGAGCAAAUGUUCUGAAAUGAUGCAAGUGUGAAUGUUUCGAAGGAUUUUGUCUUUUUUAAGAAUAAAUAAUACUUUUAUCUUGCUGUUUCUUUACUGAUUGUAAAACAGAUCUGAACUGAGGCUCUAAAACCGUGAAUCAAUCGAAACCGUGAGUUUAAUUAUCUGUUGUCCCUCUAAUAUUAACCUGGAAUAACUGCCCUGUGGGAGCGGUGAAGAGUAGAUUCAAACCUCACCCCUCCAUCUCUUCUGGAAUCCAUCAGAUCAGGAAGCGAUGUGGUGCUCAGGUAGAUGACCUGAUGCUUUUCUGUGAGUUUGGCUCCGCCCUCAUGAGGACAUUUUAAAUUAAUUGAUGUGUUCUCAAUUAAGAUCAAAAAUGGUUCUGUCUGUGUUCUGCAAAAUGAUAUCUGUUGGUGGGAGGAGGCGGAGCUUCCCUCAUCUCCAUCAUGGAGGCUUCAUCAGAAUCUGUUUAGAUGUUUGAUUAAAGCAAAUCAAUGAAUGAAUGAAUGAAUGGAUUUCUAAUCCUACGAUCCAACAGAUCCGUCUGUCUGAGCCAGAAUCCACUUCCACCAGUAUAAAAUCAUACCUUAUUCUUUCUUUUAUUGUGAAGCACUUUCAUACCCUGAAAGGAGUGGUAAAGUUGUUCACCUUUCAGCGUAUCUCAUUUAGGGUCGCCACAGUAGAAGCGAUCAGUGAUUUGAGAGUUUUUACACGGGAUGCCCUUCCUAAGGCAACCCUGUAUGUGAAAGGAGAACCCAGUCAGGCAGCAGCAUCAAGGCUCUGCCUAAAGACCCAAUCUGGAUUAAGAUCAAUGCACACCCCGAGGAUUGAACCCAGGUUUCCUGCGUGGUAGCUCCACACCCAGCCCACUGAGCCAAGGACUGCGCCCAUAAGUUAAUAUUAAGUUUUCAACGUUCUCAAAAUAUAACCGCAAGUCGCGAGUUCGAGCCCCGACGGAAACAUGUCGGAUUUCGGGGGUUUUAUGUAACGUGGCUUUUGGGAAAUGUUCAGGCCUGGUAACAUUUGAGAUUAAAUAAUAUCAUACCAAAUUAUUGAUAGAAAUAAUAAUAAAAACAUGCCUGAUGGUGCAUUUAUAACAAAUAACUUUUAUUAAUAUGUCUUGUUCUUUGUAAUUUUGCAUUGCCUGUUUUUGUACAUAUUGGGCACUCCCGAUUUUAUUAGCUUUGAAUGUAUAUAUCAUUUAUGCAUUUUUAUUGUACUGGUGUUUUUUUUUUUUUUUUUCAAAUCUUUAUUUAUAAACAUUGAGAAAGUCUUAAAACAUUACAUUCAAAUUCUCUUCAGGCCAGUUGUAGACACUUGAUUUGUAUCUCCAUUCUCAACAUUUCUUUUGUCUUUUUUUUCAGUAGCUUAAAAGAACAUCAAACCAAAAACAAGAAAGGGAACAGUGGAUGCAUUAUCAGGGAGAAAAAUAAAAAUAAAUGAAGAAAAUAAAAAA